AUGGAAGCAUGGUCUGAAAAGAUGAUGCAAGCAAGACUUGAGGAACCACCUGCUAAUUACGUCAAAACUUCAAUGAAACAGCUUGAAUCUGCAGAUCGAAAAUUGUUUCUCUUGAUCAGUGAGAAGACCAGAGAAGGCAUCAAGUGCAAUGCUCAAGGCCGUCCGAUUGACGCCGUUUUCAAGCAGUGCAUGGAGAGCUCAGAGGUGCUAUCAUUGCUGCAGCCGAGACCUGGGGGAAGUGGGUCAACAACCAGGCCAUCAGAGGGACCUGCGGCAGGUGAACCGCCUGCCAAAAGGAUCAAGGGCGGAGGAAAGGCCCGAGGAAAGAGUUUCAGCAAAUUUCAGGGCACAACGGAUUCAUUUGUCCGCAUCCCGAAAGAGCUGCUGUCGCUUGGAGCAGACUCAGACAGCCCUGUGAAUUCAAAUUUUCCGACAGUAUCCGAGCAGUCAGCACCGGAUCCUCCCCAAGGCCAAAGCCGUGACCGGAGCGAAGUUUUUGCUGGCUUAAUGGAUUCUUUGCAGGUCCCGAAGGGGACGUCUGUGCCUUUCUUUGUUGAAUUAUGUGCAGGCAGCGCCAAGUUGUCAGACGCUGUCAAACAACAUGGAUACCAUAUCAUUGCCGUUGAUCACGACAAGAACCGCCACGCCCCACGCUGCAAGAUCAUACAACUGGAUUUGUCACAUGAACAUGCGUGGGACAUGCUUGACUUUUUGCUGGAGAGAGUAACAAUUUCGGGUGUCCACAUAGCGCCCCCUUGUGGCACAUGCUCAAAAGCCAGAGGCAUUCCCAUGAAGGACGGAACAAAUCACCGUGAAUUUGCCGCCUUAGAGUUGUAUUGCGAUGGCCAACAUGAACACCUUCCAUGGGGCAUUGCAGAGGAUGGAGCUUUUAGUACUUCUCAUGAAGCCGAGUAUCCCAAAGCUUUGUGUGUCAAAUAUGCUGAAAUUUUUCAUGAACUGUGCCGUACCCGCGGCAUUGUGCCAGCACAGCAGGCAAGCGACGAAGUGCAAAAGCUGGCGCCCAAUCAACAGCCCAAAGGUCGCAAGUUGCCGCAGUUGAUACCCGAGUUUGCCUUUACAAAAACAAUGCAAGCGGACAAGCUGCCCCAGCUAUGGCAUCCAUAUGACGAGCUGAAGAACUUGCCUGGAGAUUUGAUACGAGUUCUUUUCCAACACUUGAGUCAAGCACCAGAUAUAGUGACACGAAGUCGCAUCAAGAUUUUGUCUGAAUGGGCGAGUCGUGCGAAAGCCUUGAAUGCUUUAGAAGAACAGUUGAAGCUUGACAUGGAUGCCGACGUUGCAAAAAUCAUGGCGCCCAAGCGCAUUCUCCUCAUGCGAUCCAUUGCAAUGGACAUGAGCUGGCCAGACAUGGGGCUCUUUGACGAGUUCACUGAAGGUGUGGAGCCGAACUUCAAGGCAUCUUGCAUUGACUUAAAGUCUGCGUAUAAACAAUUCCCUUUGCAUGAGGAAAAUCACAAGGACGCGGUGGUGACACUGUGGAACCCUCCCAAGAGGAGGGUAGACUGCUUCAUCAUGAAGGUGCUGCCGUUUGGAGCCACAGCCAGUGUACACCAUUUUCUUAGAAUCAGCGCUUUCCUGCAGGCAAUUGGAAGAUUCAUGGGUUUGAUUUGGUCGGCAUUUUUCGACGACUUUGUCGUGCUCAGCCAUGCAAUGCACGAGGCCAGCACCAUGACAUCGGCCUUGACUCUUCUUGAUUUGUUGGGUUUUCAGUAUAGCAAGGAUAAGCUGCAGCCCUUCAGUGACAAAACAGAGAUGCUGGGAGUGGAGCUCAAUUUGGUUGAUGGGAAGAACGGCACUGUCGAAGUCAGGAACAAGGCUUCACGAGCAAAUGAGCUGUGCGAUGUUUUGGAUCGAAUCCUGCAAUCUAAGAAAGUGGUAGUCAAGGAACUUCCAUCAACCUUGGGCAAGCUUCAAUUUGCGGAAGGUCAACUAUGGGGAAGAACGGGACGGCUUGCAUUGUCCGAACUAAGGAGGCAUGAGAAGUCGGGGUGCACUGAAGCAUUGCUGGAUCAGCGUAGCAUCGACGCUGCACACAUGUUGUUUGAGAAGAUGAAAAACGGAAAGCCUCGGACAAUUCGCAUCACGCCGAGAUCAAAACCUUUCUUGCUUUUCACUGAUGGGGCAUUGGAAUACGAAUCUUCUGGAAAACCAACAGCUGGCAUAGGAGCCGUAUUGUUGUGUCCUGAUGGGAGACAACUUGUGUUUGGAACCAAGGUUGAAGACGAAACACUGAAGCGGUGGCAGGUUGAUGGAAAAUCUCAUGUGGUUGGUUUGGUAGAACUUUAUGCAGCGAUCACCGCUUUCAAUACCUGGGCUGACAUUCUUCAAGACCAACGUUUGAUUUGCUUCACCGACAGUUGGCCGGUGCUUGAUGCUUUGGUGAAAGGAAAUUCUCCCGUUGAUGAAUGGCGGGAUUCUCCCGUUGAUGAAUGGCGGGACCUUCUUUUGAUUUUUGAAAAUUUGGAUGAACGAAUCAAUUCAAUGUUGUGGAUGGCUCGAGUUGCGUCCAAGUCGAAUCCUGCGGACGCCCCAAGCAGGUUUUCUUUUAUGUUUAGAAUUUGA